AAAAUGCACGAGUCUGGCCAUUACUAUUCAAAACAAAAUCCACACUAAUAUGCAUGGCAGGAAAACCCAGUUAGCAGCUGCAUGGGCUGCUUUUUACAAUCAUGUCUGUUGACAAGGAUUAUUGCUUAAGUUGUGGCUUGAUUAGGCUUGGAUCCCAGGCAAAUGUUUUGCCGUGUUCACCUUUCUAGAAUAAGAUUAAGGUUUGUUCCCUUACAACACUACCGAGGUCAAGCUUUUAAAUGAGGGGAAUUUGAGAGGUGAAGGUUUUAGAGAAAGUAGGCCAGGCAACUUGUUUGAUCAUAGGACUUUUAAGAGAAGGAAAGAUUAAUAUUCCAUUUUAUGUUGCAUGGAUGCUAAAUGCUUCUAUCUCCCCUACGUGCUCAUUAAAGUUGCUGUACAAAUAAGGAGACACUUCCAAGGUCUAAUAGUCUCACUUCAUAUAGCUGUCAUGGAAAAAAUGAGUCAAAUUGUCAAUCGAUGCUAAUGUAAUAUCAUUAAUGGAUAUAUUAUCGAUGAUUCUUCUUGCUGCGGAUGGCGGCUCGUGUUCCGUUAUUUUUCUGGAAGAAUCACUUCGACUUGCCACUUGCCUGGCUGAUCUGAGAUGUUCUGAGGAUUCUCCGAGGACUUAUGAGCUAAUAAUGCUUAGGGAUUUCGUGUCCCGAAGAACUCUUUAAUCCUGUGCUUCCGAAUCCUACUCUAAGCCAGACCUUCUGUCACAGCCCAAGUUACCGGCAGUUUUUGAAAGCUCUUCCAAGCGAGCAACCGUUCUGUUCCAUCUUUGGGGGAUCUUGUGAGGUGCCAUUGCCAGGAUGUAUCUCCUCGCUGGCACUGGGUCCCAGGCGGUGCUCUGAGGGUGUCCCUUCCUGAAAGAGAGCAGAGAAGCAAAGCGAACCACACCAUGGGCGAGAUCAGUCAAGAGGCCGUGGAGAAAUACCUGGAGGACAACCCUCAGUUUGCCAAGGAGUACUUCGCCAAGAGGCUGGCGGAAGCCCCCGGCCCGAGCGGGACGCUGUCGCCGGCGGAUGAGUGGGCCCUGUGCGCCGAGCUGCUGCGGGCGGUGCAGGAGGAGGCCCGCGGCGCCGAGCCAGCGGUGCACGGGGCCCUGCAGAAGUUGGCGCAGCUGCUGCAGGCCGACCGCUGCAGCCUGUUCGCCUGCCGGGCUCGCAACGGCACGCCUGAGGUGGCCUCCCGGCUGUUCGACGUCACCCCCACCUCCAGGUUUGAGGACAACCUGGUGGGCCCCGACAGAGAAGUCGUGUUCCCGUUGGAAAUUGGGAUAGUGGGUUGGGUUGCUCACACGAAGAAAGCCGUUAAUGUCCCAGACGUGCACAAGAACAGCCAUUUUUCUGACUUCAUGGACAAACAAACCGGCUAUGUCACAAAGAACCUGCUGGCAACACCAAUCAUGAUAGGCAAGGAGGUUCUUGCUGUGGUUAUGGCAGUUAACAAAGUAAAUGCAUCUGAGUUUUCCAAAGAGGACGAAGAGGUCUUUUCCAAAUACCUCAGCUUUGUUUCUGUCAUCCUAAAACUUCAUCACACCCAGUACCUGUACAGUGUUGAAUCCCGGAGAAGCCAGAUCCUUAUGUGGUCCGCCAAUAAAGUAUUUGAAGAGCUCACAGAUGUUGAGCGGCAAUUUCACAAAGCACUCUACACAAUUAGAACAUAUCUGAACUGUGAACGCUACUCCAUCGGACUGCUGGACAUGACCAAGGAGAAGGAAUUCUAUGAUGAGUGGCCAAUCAAACUUGGAGAAGUCGAGCCUUAUAAAGGUCCAAAGACACCAGAUGGCAGAGAAGUCAUCUUUUAUAAAAUCAUCGAUUACAUUUUACAUGGAAAAGAAGAGAUCAAAGUGAUCCCGACACCUCCUGCAGACCACUGGACUCUCGUUAGUGGGUUGCCGACCUAUGUUGCUGAAAAUGGAUUUAUAUGUAACAUGCUGAACGCCCCCGCAGAUGAGUACUUCACCUUUCAGAAAGGACCUGUAGAUGAAACUGGCUGGGUCAUUAAAAAUGUCUUAUCCUUGCCUAUUGUCAACAAGAAAGAAGAUAUUGUGGGAGUAGCUACAUUUUACAACAGGAAAGAUGGAAAACCUUUUGAUGAAUAUGAUGAACACAUUACUGAGACUCUCACACAAUUUCUUGGAUGGUCUCUUUUAAAUACUGACACCUAUGAUAAAAUGAAUAAGCUAGAAAACAGAAAGGACAUAGCUCAGGAAAUGCUCAUGAGCCAGACCAAAGCUACUCCUGAUGAAGUCAAGUCUAUUCUGAAAAUUAAAGAGAAGUUAAAUAUAGAUGUAAUUGAAGACUGUGAAGAAAAACAACUUGUCACAAUUUUGAAAGAGGACUUGCCAGACCCACAGACGGUGGACCUGUACGAAUUCCGCUUCAGUGACUUCCCCAUCACAGAGCACGAGUUGAUUAGGUGUGGGCUGAGACUCUUCUUUGAAAUAAAUGUGGUGGAGAAAUUCAAAGUACCCGUAGAGGUUCUUACCAGGUGGAUGUACACCGUGAGAAAAGGGUACCGGUCCAUCACUUACCACAACUGGAGGCACGGGUUCAACGUGGGGCAGACUAUGUUUACCUUGCUGAUGACAGGUAGACUAAAGAAAUACUAUACGGAUCUUGAAGCCUUUGCCAUGCUCGCUGCUGCUUUCUGCCAUGACAUUGACCACAGAGGCACCAAUAAUUUGUAUCAGAUGAAAUCCACAUCUCCAUUAGCAAAGCUUCAUGGAUCUUCCAUUCUGGAGAGGCACCACCUGGAGUACAGUAAGACUCUACUGCAGGAUGAGAGUUUAAACAUCUUCCAGAACCUAAAUAAACGCCAGUUUGAAACAGUUAUUCAUUUGUUUGAAGUUGCAAUAAUAGCAACUGACCUGGCUUUAUACUUCAAGAAGAGAACCAUGUUUCAAAAAAUUGUUGAUGCCUGUGAAAAAAUGGAAACCGAGGAAGAGGCCGUCAAAUAUGUAACCAUUGAUCCAACCAAAAAAGAGGUUAUAAUGGCAAUGAUGAUGACUGCAUGUGAUCUGUCAGCUAUAACCAAACCCUGGGAGGUACAAAGUCAGGUGGCACUUCUGGUUGCAAAUGAAUUUUGGGAACAAGGAGAUCUGGAGAGGACUGUGCUGCAGCAACAGCCUAUUCCUAUGAUGGACAGAAACAAAAAAGACGAACUACCCAAACUUCAAGUUGGAUUUAUUGAUUUUGUUUGUACUUUUGUAUACAAGGAGUUCUCACGGUUUCACAAAGAAAUCACACCAAUGCUGACUGGUCUUCAGAACAACAGAGUAGAAUGGAAAUCCCUAGCUGAUGAAUACGAUGCAAAGAUGAAGGUAAUUGAAGAGGAGACAAAAAAGCAGGAAGAAGGAAACAUGGCUGCAAAAGCCACAGAAGAUUCAGGAGGUGGCAGUGAUGACAAAAAGUCCAAAACAUGUCUAAUGUUGUAAUAUAAUCCAACUGGUCUAAAUUUCAAAUAUUGUUUCUACUUCUGAAGAAAAACAGAAAACAUGCCAAAGAACUUCAGCGAAUUUCAUUCAGCAAACCACAACUAAGAGAGUAAAAGGAUCUUCAGAUAAACUACCCUUGUGACCACCAAAAGAAAACCUAUUGCUAACAUGAAACCCCGAGGGUAAAAUAAAGUUCAACAGAAGUGGAAAAUACAAGACGAAAACAAGUGCAUUUUUGGUGCCAAUUUGCUUUAAAUUAAAAAUAUACAAUCCUGAAACCAGUCACCAAUUCUUUUUUUAAAGGUUCUCAUUAAUAGUAUUCAUUUGCUAGGGCUACCGUAACAAAAUACCAGACUGAGUGGCUCGAACAGAAAUUUCUCACAGUUCUGGAGGCUCCAAGUCCAAAACCAAGGUGUUGGCAGGAUUGGUUUCUUGUGAGGCCUCUCCCCACUUGGCUUGUAGAUGGUCAUCUUCUCCCUGUAUCCUCACAAAGCCUUCCAUCUUGUGUGUCUGCAUCCUAAUCUCCUUUUUAUAAGGACACAGUCGUAUUGGAUUAGGGCCCAUUCAUAUGAUCUCCAUUUACCUUAAUUACCUCUUUAAAUAACCGGUCUCCAAAUAGAAUCACAUUCUGAGGUACUGGGGGUC